UAGCUGUUAUAGCCCGUACCCACGGCUACCUCAUAGAUAAUACGAGCAUCGAUGGAAACCUACCCAAACAAAAAGCCCACCCACUAAACUCACCGAACUAUUUAAAAAGAGGAAAUGGCUGCAAACGUCUACAUCUUCUCCCCGAUCCGGUCCAGUUCGUUCCGAUUAGACACUCUUUUCCCGAUAACCCACUUACAACCAAUUUUCAACUCUCCCUGCUGCUCGCUUUCUGUUGCCCGUAGUAGUACUACUUCUAGCUUUGGUUUGAGACUCGGCGCGACCAGACUACCGAACCGGAGCCCGAAACCGCCUGCCGCCCUUAUGCUACCGGAAAACCCUGUCGCCUCCGAUAUCUUGGCUGCCGGCUUGUCUGGUUGCAUCGCGCUCUCAUUGCUCCGGUUAUGGGGGGAAACCGCCAACCGGCGGAUCUUCGACCAGAAAUUGAAUAGGAAGCUUGUGCAUAUAAGUGUGGGGCUAGUUUUCAUGCUUUGCUGGCCAAUGUUCAGUCCUGGUCCUCGGGGAGCCAUCUUAGCAGCUCUUAUCCCAGGCAUCAAUAUCAUACAAAUGCUUCUCUUGGGACUUGGGAUCAUGAAAGAUGAGGCUAUUGUGAAGUCAAUGAGCAGAAAUGGAGACUAUAGGGAACUUCUUAAGGGACCACUCUACUAUGCUGCAACAAUUACUUUGACUUGCAUAAUUUAUUGGAGAACUUCCCCUAUUACAAUUGCGGCAAUUUGUAACCUCUGUGCUGGGGAUGGUUUAGCAGACAUUAUUGGAAGGCGGUUCGGUAGUCAUAAAAUUCCAUACAACAAAAACAAGUCUGUAGCUGGUAGUGUAGCAAUGGCAUCUGCCGGGUUUUUAGCAUCUAUUGGGUAUAUGCACUAUUUCUCCUCAUUUGGAUUUCUUCAAGAAAGUUCGGAAAUGGUUAUGGGUUUCUUGGUUGUCUCUCUUGCCUCGGCACUGGUGGAAUCACUCCCUAUAAGUACUGAGCUUGAUGACAAUCUCACAGUUCCCUUGACUUCCAUCUUCGUGGGCACUCUUGUUUUCUGAUUUCAGGAGAUGGGGAGUGCAAAAUUGAACAGAGGGAAGAGGCUAGAGUAAUUGAAUCUAGACGUGCAUGGUGUUUUUGUUGUAUACUAGAUUUUUCAACAAUCUGAUUAGGUGCAACAGUCACCUGACUAUGUUAUUCAACUUUAUUAAAAUGAUAUUUAAACUUUACUUGCUUUCCAAACGAUCA